UUUUCCCUCUCAAUAAAACCCCACACAAUUCUUGCUUUAUUUCCCUCCCUCUCAAAAAAAAAAUAACAAUAAUGAAGAACUCCAUAGCUCUCAUCUUAAUAACUUUCUUGUUCAUCACAAUCACUUUCACUUUUGCUACUACUAAAAAUGAUGACAACAAUGAUGUUGGAUUUGGAUUUGGGCCUGGUGGUGGAUUCAACAUCCCUGGUUUUGGGCCUGUAAGUGGAGGUGGAUAUGGUGGUGGAUUUGGAGGCCCAAAUGGAGGAUAUGGUAAAGGUGGUAUCAUAAAGCCCACUAUGGUUUGCAAUGAUAAAGGCCCAUGUUUUGGUAAAAAAUUGAAGUGUCCAUCAAAGUGUUUCAAGUCAUUUAGUAGAAGUGGAAAAGGGUAUGGAUAUGGGGGUGGGAGUGGGGGGUGCAAUUGGGAUUGCAAGAAGAAAUGUGUUGCUUAUUGUUAAGAAGAUUAUUAUUAUUAUUAUUAUUAAUAAUAAUAUAUGAUUAUGGCUUAGCCAAGUAAGUACUAAUUAAUAUAUAUAGUAUUUUAUUAUAUGUUGAAGUGUUUUUUCUUUUUGGAAGUUGAUGAUGGUCUUUUUGGUUUGAAUUGAGUUUUGUGGAAACUCUAUGUAUGUUUAUGAAGUUAUAAUAUAUAGUAUAUAGUAGAAUUUACUAUGA